AUGCAGUCCAUUCUGCUGCUGAGUCUCUUUGCAGGCGCCAUCAAGGCCGCCCCGCUAGACCAGCAGCCACUAAAAGACCCGCAUGUCGUCACAGGGGAAUUCCACGACACGGACGCGCUCUUAACAGGUGCCUCAACACCUGGUUUACAUGGUCGUUUUUUGCACAUAACCGAUUUUCAUCCCGACCGAUACUAUAAAUACGGGGGCUCUACCGAUGACGAGUCCUGCCACCACGGCAAGGGGGACGCAGAAUACUUUGGGAAGGAAGGCACCGAGUGCGAUUCACCGAUUUCUCUGAUCAACGAGACCUUUCGCUGGUUAGAACAAACCCUAAAAGAUGAGAUCGAUUUCGUGAUUUGGACUGGAGACUCGGCGCGCCACGACAACGAUGAGCGCAUCCCGCGAACGGAAGAAGAGAUUCAAGAACUUAACCAGUUCAUGGCUGGGAAAUGGGUCGAUUUAUUCGGGACACGAAAAAACGAUGAGCACGUCAAUGGUGUGCCACAAGUAUCUGUGCCCGUCGUGCCCACUUUCGGCAACAACGAUAUUGCCCCACACAAUAUUUUCAUGAAUGGGCCGAACAUUUGGACAAAGAAAUACGUUGAUAUCUGGCGUCACUUUAUUCCCGAGGACCAGCGUCAUAGCUUUGUCGAGGGAGGAUGGUUUACAUCGGAAGUCAUCCCGGGUAGACUAGCCGUCAUUAGUCUGAACACUAUGUACUUUUUCGACUCCAAUAGUGCAGUCGAUGGAUGUGCUGCCAAGUCGGAACCAGGAUAUGAGCAUAUGGAGUGGUUGCGAGUGCAAUUGGAAAUUCUUCGCACCCGCAACAUGAAAGCUAUCUUGAUGGGUCAUGUUCCUCCCGCACGGUCGGACGAAAAGACCAAUUGGGAUGAGACUUGUUGGCAGAAGUAUACUCUGUGGGUGAAUCGGUACCGUGAUGUCGUGGUGGGAAGUGCCUACGGACAUAUGAAUGUCGACCAUUUUAUGCUACAGGAUAACCAUGAUGUUGAUUUCGAAUUCCUUGUGGAGAAAACUACUAGCGACCGAGUUGCUAUUCAGUCUAAGGCAGACUAUAUCAACUCACUACGAGACCAAUGGAAGAAGAAAAAGGACAACAAGAAAAAGAAGGACGACAAGGAGGAAGAGAAAAAGAAGAAAAAGAAGAAGCAGGAACAGAAGCGAAAGAAGUUCCUGAAGAAAAUUGAUGGUCCUUGGGCUGAGCGAUACAGUGUAUCCCUGGUCGCCCCAAGCUUGGUGCCAAAUUACUUCCCUACACUACGAGUGAUUGAGUACAACAUCACUGGUCUAUAUAAUACCUUUGUCGACGAAGUGCCUAUGGACGCUAAGCCAUUACCCAUUUCCGAUGAUCAAGGAUCCCCUUUUGAGCCACUGAAAAAGAAAAAGAAGGAGAAGAAGAAGCCUGACUUCAAGGUGCCUGACGCUCCCUCUCCAACCAGUGUACCAGGGCCAGCGUAUUCCAACCAGGCUCUGACAUGGCUCAGCUACACCCAAUACUUUGCCAACCUCACCAAACUCAACGAGGAGUUUGAAUCGGGUAGCAAAGACGCUCAUAUUGAGUUUGAAGUCGAAUACAGUACAAAUGAUGAUGUAUAUCAAAUGAAGGAUUUGACAGUGCGAAGCUUCUUUCAGCUGGCAGUGCGUAUCGGAGAGAAAGGUGAGGCGGCUGCCACGAAGGUGAAUGAAGCGUGGCGGGCAUUCCUCACCCGCGCCUUUACGGGAUUUUUCGAUGCGAAUGACUUGAACGAUGAUUGA